AUGGACUCUGAAAAAGUUUCUGAUUUUGUUUACCCCCUCAUAGAUAAGCCUGCUAGGUUUGAGUACAAACUAGUCAACCAAAACGGAAAGUUAGCUGAGGUACCGCUCCAUAAGGAAUAUCAAAGACUAUCAUUAUUCGAGGUAGGGCAUAAUUAUCGUCAACGAGGUCAUUCUACGGAACAUUCCGAAUCACGCAACCAUACUAUCACUGACAACUCACGAGAAAACUCACGCAAGAGAAAUGCGGGUGACGAUGAUUCUGUGGAACGUGAUAGCAUGGUAUCUUGUGAUGACAUCACUUCUUCGGAUACCGAUUCCAACACCCAAGCGUCAGCCCUGUCACGUAUGCACUCUUACCGAACAAAUGGCCUCGUGCAUCCACCAACCAAAAAGAGAUUGACAUCGGGUUAUGAUCUGACAAGCUCAGCAAACUUUCAGGUGGAUUCUCCAGGUAGUAUGUCUAUGGCAGUAGCUCCUAGUGGAAACAAUAACAUCAGCACGAUCGAUCUAAGUGACACUGUGCGAGAGAGUCAUGGACAUGUACAGAGUGCCGUUCAGACCGGUUACAACACCAAUACAUCUGAAGUGAAUAAUAAUAAUACUAAUCAAAACACUACACCUUUACGCGAUCAACUACGUCGUCCAAAAACACCAAAUACAAUCAAUUCGCCCAGCCAAACUCCAAUUUCGGAUAUCGAAGAGGACCCCAUCCAGCAGCUACCACUACCCUCGCCAAGUGCGUCACCUAUUCAACUGGAUCACGAAAACGAUGAGGAUGGAUCUUCUGAAACCCCUAGAGGAAUGGGACGAAGGUUAAAUUUAGAAAUGAUUGAGAAUCACAUGGCAACUGUGCCAGGGACGCAAGCAGAGUUGAUUAACACGAUUGACCAGUUAUCCCAGUUCCUUACCCCACAAAACAAAAACCAUUUGAUUUUCCGGUUGUUGCAAAAGACUCACCGAUCGUCAUUGAGCACUUUUAAUGGGUUGCUAAAUGAUUCCUUGAAACGUGACUUGAUUGGAAAUUUGCCAGUUGAGAUUUCAAUGAAGGUUUUAUCUUACCUUGAUGCUGAAACACUUCUUUCGAUAUCAAAAGUGUGCAAAAAGUGGUUUAAACUUAUCAAUAAUACUGCUUUGUGGACUGACUUGCUCAAGAGAGACAAACUUAUAACCGAAGAUGCAGUUAUCAAGUAUGAAUUGAACGAGCCUAAAGAUAUGAUUGAUGAAUGGUGCACUCUUCCUGGCGAGAUAAAUUCUGCUCAGGUGUUGUACAAGAAACGAAGAAUGAUUGUCAAUAGAUGGUUGGACCCCAAAUACAAGCCAAAGAGAAUCAGUGUCAAGGGGCAUGGCAAUAAAGUUGUUACGUGUCUUCAACAUGAUGAAGAAAAGAUUGUCACUGGUGUGGACGACAAAUAUAUCCUCAUCUAUAGUACUCAAACAGGGCAAUUGAUGAAAGUUUUGGAAGGACAUGAUGGCGGAGUAUGGGCCAUGAAGUAUUAUGGAAACACUUUGGUGACUGGAUCGACUGAUAGGUCAGUUCGAAUUUGGAACAUGGCCACUGGAAAGUGUACGCAUGUGUUCCGUGGCCAUACUUCCACCAUAAGAUGUUUAGAUAUCAUUACGCCUUCAGUAAUUGGAAAGGAUGCUCAUGGUGAGGAUAUUGUCUUCCCCGAGCAUCCAUUAUUGAUUACCGGGUCUCGUGAUCACAAUAUACAUGUCUGGAGACUACCUAUUCUUCAAGAGGAUGCAGUUGAUGAAGUCACAUUUGAUAGUGGAGAAAGUGAAAACCCUUACUUGAUAGCUGUUCUUACUGGCCAUACUCAGUCUGUGCGUUCUUUAUCGGGAUAUGGAAAUAUAAUCAUUUCUGGUUCAUACGACUCAACCGUUCGAGUGUGGGAUUUGCUUGAUAAUGGAAGGUGCAAGCAUAUUUUGCAGGGCCAUCAAGAUAGGGUAUAUUCAACCGCGAUAGAUUUCAAUAAAAAAGUUUGUUUUUCUGGGUCCAUGGAUUCGACUAUAAAUAUAUGGAAUUUUGAAACCGGUGAGUUUUUGAAGGUGUUGGAAGGACAUUCGUCUUUGGUGGGUCUACUUGCUUUGGUGGACGGUGUGUUAGUAUCUGCUGCUGCUGACGCAUCUCUCCGAAUUUGGGAUCCUGUCACCGGUGAAUUGAGAAGUAAAUUGAGAGGUCAUGCCGCAGCCAUCACGUGCUUUGAGCACGACGGAUUGAAAGUAGUUAGUGGAAGCGAGAAAAUGCUCAAAUUAUGGGACGCUCAACGAGGAGAAUUUGCUAGAAAUUUAUUAGAUGAUGUUACGGGUGGUAUUUGGCAAGUGAGAAUCGAUUAUAAGAGAUGUGUUGCUGCUGUGCAAAGAGUCAACAGUGCUGAUGAAGGUGAAACGUUUAUUGAAAUUUUAGACUUUAGUGAGGUCCCAAGUUUCAAAAGUUGA